UCCGGAGCUGAGAUCGCAGAGGUGGUUUUUGUUUGGUUUUUUUUUUUGUUGUGGUCUCUUGGUUGGGUGUUUUAAUUUAUGUGCCAUCUGCAGAUGAGGUGAGAGCGAGGUGGGUGGGAAGAGUGGCGGCUCAGGUGGGAGCCCGCCUGGUCAGGGGCAGAGCUGCUUCGGGAGGAGGUGGCCCGUGACCUUUCCCUAAGGUAGACCUGGGAUGCUCAUCCCAAAGCUGGAUGGCGAGUAUUGUCCCAAAAUGCUGCGUCCCCAGCCUCACUGGGAGGGUGGCAUCAACGCAGCUGAGCAGAGGGCCCCAGCCUGCUCUGGCUCCUGGCUGGAAGCCGGCCUGUGGAAUCGUUAGCCAGGCAUGUCCAACCAGUGGAAUCUCGAACCGGGGGUGCAGGUGUCCGGGCACACAGGUGAGCACAAUGUGUGUCUGGGUUUGCCUGGACAGGGGAUGCCACAACCUUCCCUUCGCCUCCCAGCUGUUCCUCCCUCCUGUGCUAGCACGUGAAAACACCUGGAAGACCACCGAGGUAAGUAUUGUUAAGCCUUACGUGUUUCAGCUGCUGAGGUGGCAGACAGCUGUACAGGUAUUUUAUAAUCUACUGGAAAUCAAACCAAACCAAACUGAACUGACCCACCACCACGAAGGAUGAUGUUCGUUUAGACCAAAAUUCAUGCCCUCCUGUGAAUUCCUACCUAAAUUUCAGGCAAGAUUUGCUUUGUUUCCUUCUGUUAAGAGGGACAUGGAGAGGAUAUUUCAGGGGAGAACUGGUUAAGUGACUUUAUGAUGUUAAAGCCCUUUUGCCAUCCCUGUUGUGGCAGUAUCCAAGUCGCGUGGAUCCGUGCUGGUGAUGACAGACUGUUGUGUGGAUUGUUUGGGUAACCAGGCAAGUUGUCAAAGUGGGACCAGGCCUGUAUGUCAGGAAUGUAUAUUGAAGCCAGGUCCUGUAAACACUCACUGAUCUGUAGAGUCUUGUUGCUAGGGCUUUGCACAGGAAUAAAGAGUCACAUAUGAGUCCCUCUUUGAAGUCCUCGUGUGCUACUUGACUAUUUGGAAGCCAGGAGGAUGGCUGAGGAGAGAGUUUCCAUAGUUUGUGAGCUUCACUCUCAGGAUUUUCAUUUAUAAAUAAAUUCACGUCUUUCCAUGGCUGGUUUUGGAGUGGGGCCAAGCAGAACUAUAUUGUUUAUGUGCGUAGAUUUUUGUGUCUCACACAAAGAUGCCUAUUGUUUACCCAGAAACUGUAAGAGGAAUGUUUUGUUAACAUUUGGUUAGCAAUAUAAACUGACAAACACAAGCGCAGACUAGAACUCAAAACAGAAAUAGCCCUUCUUGGAACAGAAAAACACAGCUGCCUGAAAACUGUUUUUCAGGGAAAACUAUGCACCUAUUGGUUCCACGUUUCUUUUAAAACUCAGGUUCUGUCAUUUAAGUGCCUAAAAACUUCAACUGCCUGUAACUUUCACAGCAGCUUAGUCUCAUACCCAUGUACCCUCUAAACAAUGCUUAUUUUUCUAAAGAAGAUUGGCUGAAUUGCAGACUUUUUUUUUUAAUUACAUUUGAAAUUUGUUUUUAGUUGGGUGUGUCGCUGUUACAUUUUCAAAUUCCUGAGCUGACUGGGAUGAAUUCCCCUCUCCAUUGUCAACAUUUGUCUUUUCCAUUAGGACUUGCUGCCUUCUCCUUACUUUAAGAGACUUUCAGUGGCUUGAAAGAGUAUGACCAAAAAAUCCCCGUGUUUUCAAUAUUUUAUAUUUAAAAAAAAAAAAUCCACAACCUACAUGGAGAGUAGUUACAGAUCCCAUGGGGUCCUGCUUUACAUAGUGGAGUGUAUUGAAUUAGUGGAGCCUGAAUGCAAAUUUCCAGUCGUGAUAAUGCACAUGGAUGACCUCUAAUCUCUCAGUUGUGCUGUUUCUGACUUCAUUCCGCGAUGACCAGCACCCACCUGCACUGAAGUGAUUGAUACCUGCUUAAAAAAAAAGGGGUAAAUUGUUCUUAGAAGGGCCCAGAAGCAUUUGGUAUUUUAGAAAGAAGGGAUCACAGCAGUUUGGGAACUCCAUGACAGCAGAGUGUUUAAUUUUUAAUGCAGUGAUGGCAGUAGGUAUUCAUCAGAUUGUACAGGUCCAGUGGAAGAACGUCAGAACUUCAGAACUUGCACAUCUCCUAAUGCUCACCAACAUCUCUUUUUUAGAAUUAUUAUCAAUGAAGUGCUUUGGCACUGCAUUUCUCUGCUGUUUUUUUCACCCUGUUUCUUAGCUUGAGUAUUUCUACCUGUCAUUCACAGACUCUUGCUUUCAUGACUAGUACCAUAAAAUUAUAUUUUAAUAUCAUAGGUACCACCUUUUAUUCAUUAUUUCUACACUGCCUGAUCCUCUCUAAUUGAGUAUUUGUACCCGAUUUCAGUUUGAUGGGUCAUUGUGUUUACAGGUUAUCUUUUGUUUCCUUUUUUUCAGCUUUCUCCACUGACUUACAGAAGAAUAUAUGCUGACUCUAGUACAACUCACAAGUAUUGUAUUUAUUUUUUUAAUUUUAUGUGUUUUAGGAAGCAGAAGGUGAACUGUUUAGUUCAUUGUAGUGCUGAGCACAGUGAGAUCCUGUUCUGCAACUGGGCUGCGGAGGGAGGACAGUAACAAUGCUGAUAUGGAAAGUAAUUUUUAAUGCUUCUACUAAUAUUUUCCUACACUGAGUUUGUUACAUAAAGCUUUGAUUUUUACAGGGACCUCUGUGUGCCUGUAUCCUUGCACUUAUGUGGCUACUCACUGAAAUCCCUGACUCUUCUGUUUGUAUAAGGAGAUCCUUAACAGGAUUAUUUGGAAUUAGAGGUCUGUGGCAAGAUGUGAUUGGAAUUAGUCCGGGUGGGGAAAAGUGUCAGUUUAAGGAAGGUGUUCUGGUGUGGAGAUGAGCUGGUUUUAUCAUCUCCCAAGGACAGGUUACGUGUUUUAUUUGUUGCCUAAAGCUUCAGAUUAAAGAAUAUGUUCACGUUUUAAAAUAGGUGUUUGCUUAGUAGUUGUAUUCCGGCAGAUUCUAACCCUGAUGUGUCAGAAUUCCGCUGUAACUCAGUAAAUAAAAAUAAGACACAAGAAUCCCCUGGGUUCUGAGCUGCAGAAUCAGUGAUGUUUCCGUAUUUUCCUUUCUGUUCUCUCACAGGGAAGAUGACACUCAGCCAGCAUUCCUGAGUCACAAGGAUGGGGCCAGAUGUACCUCUGCUGAACGAUUACAAACAGGAGUUCUUCUUGAAGCGCUUUCCUCAGACUGUGCUGGGAGGUCCCCGGCUUAAAUUAGGCUAUUGUGCCCCUCCCUACAUAUAUGUGAACCAGAUCAUUCUCUUUCUGACACCAUGGGUUUGGGGAGGAGUAGGAACACUCUUGUACCAGCUGGGAGUCACGAAGGACUAUUGCACUGCAGCACUGUCGGGAGGACUGAUGUUUGUCACUGCACUUGCUCUCCAGAUGACAAAUCUGUAUGCAAAGCAGAAAACAGUGACAGUAGAGAGAAUGCAAAUUCAGAAUACCCUGACAGAUGAAGAUGAGUUUGAAUUUUCCAGCUGUGUAGGUUCAGAGACAGUAAAAUUUAUUAUUCCUGGCAAGAAGUAUAUAAUCAACACUGUAUUCCAUUCCCUUCUGGCAGGGGUAUUGUGUGGGCUGGGAACUUGGUAUUUGCUGCCAAACAGAAUAACCUUGUUAUAUAGCAACAUUGGAGGAACUGUUGUGAUCUUUGUAUUUGGAUGGGUGACCAUAUGUAUAGGAGAGUAUUCAUUAAUCAUAAACACAGCUACUGAAACAGCCACUUUCCAAGCACUGGAUACUUAUGAAAUCACUGCUCUGAUGAGACCUUUCUACAUUUUUGUCUUUAUUGCAGUGGAUCUUGCACACAGGUAAACCUAAUAAUGCAUUUAGCUAAUUUAAGUACUGGUUAUUCUGUGUAUUUUUGAUGAGAAAGAUGAAAUUAUUCUUCUGAGGAAAAUUUAUUUUGGGAUUUUAAUCAACUGUAGGAACUUCAAAGAAAGAAGCCAGAUGUAUUUAUGGCAAAAAUUGAGGCUCUGUGCUGUGUAUAAAAGGUUCCUACAUUUUUAUAGCAUUCCAUGUAAAUUAGAAAGAACAGUUAAAGCAGUUUGGAUGUAUGAUACAGGUAAAAUUGACUUCUAUCAUGUAAUUUUUAGUAUUUUUGCACCAGAGCAUUUACAUCACUGUCCUUUUUGGAAACACAUGUUCCUCACCUGGAACUGUAGAUCAAAACACUGCAGACUUCAGGAAUUUAUGUCCAGAUUUCAUCCUGGAAUAUAUUCUCAUUUAAUCUCUGCAAAGCGAUUGUGGAGUGUUUUAGACAACAGGCAAAAAAAAAAAGGACUCUGAAUUUGGUUUUAAUGAAUGGAUAAGCAAAUGUGAGCAUUGCUAUAUCUUGGUUGUAUGGAUUUUGGACUUGAAUUUUUAAAUGCUCUUGUAAUACAAAAGAGUUCUGUCAGCCUACAAAUAGGAGACUUCUAUAUUUCUGUUUUUCAGAUGGGUUUUUCUUAACAAGUAUUUGCAGAAUCUCUUAAAGCAAGAUGCUUUUAGAUUUACUCUGUGCAUUCAUUCUCCCUGUCGACUGAUAUUUAAAUCACUUUGUCACAUGUACAUAUUUUAUGGUUGGGGUACUUCAGAUGCACUAAACAAAACAACAAAAAAAAAAGGCAUGUUUGAUUUUACUAGUUUUGCACUUGGAGAUGUCUUUGUUAAUGAUUUACCCUCGUUGCCACUUCAGUUAAGAUUUUUAAUUUCCUGAGGAGAAAAUUCAGACAUUGUCUAAAUUCCUGAUAAAAUUCCUUUGAGGCUUUAUUUGAUUAUUUAUUAAAAAGUAGAGAGAAACCAAAUAUCUUUUCAGUCCACCUUUAACUGAAUUAGCUAGCUGGUGAACUACAUAUGACUUAGAAUUUAUGCAGAUUUCUAACACUGAUCUUUGUAUUUUUACAGGAUGAUUUUGACACUUUUAUGUAGAAAAUAAUAUUUUAUAUUCCUAAAGAGAGUUUAGGUGUACAGGCAACGUGCCAGUUCUUCCAGUGCUAAGACUUACUUCUUAGGUCUUGGACUGGCAUAAAAUUUUGCUUUUGUGACUCUGAAAAAAUACUUUGCAUUUUUCUUGUUAAACCACUGAGGUUUUGGAGCCUGUGGACCUUUAUUUUUGCAUAAGUAUUUCUUCAGUGUAUUAUCACAACAGUAUCAAAACAACUGGGAUAAUUGCAUCGCUGGAUUCAUCUGCAUAAUCCAAAGGCUUCAAAUCUCUUAAAUGGGAAAUUAGGCUGUUUUCUGAUGUUUAAUUAAUUUGUUGCUGCCCCAAGCAUAAAUGUAUGUCCUUAUUUUUCCUUUUAAACCAUCAUAAUUGAGGUUUUGUAGGUUGAAUAUGUAAUGGUUUUACUUUGGGAUUUGCUGUAGUAUUUGAACGAGAAGUCUUCCCACACAUAAGUUACCCUUUCCUUCCCAGAAGUCAAAUCCAUUUCUUCUUUUAUCCAGGUUUGCUGUCAACGCACCCAUUCUAGAACAGACAAACCAGAUUUUGCACAUCCUAUUUCUUUUCCUGCCAUUCUUGUGGGCAAUGGGAAUUCUGCCCCCGCUUGACGCACUUUUUCUGUGGGGAAUGGAACAACUGUUGGAGUUUGGACUAGGAGGUUCACCUAUGUCAAGUAACACAAAUGUCUCCGUUUGCUAUGAUAGCGUUCCUGUCACUAGACCGUUCGCUACAAAACCUUCAUUCUGUGUCUGUUUGCAUUGGAUUCACGAGAAUAUUUAGGAUGGUCUGGCAGAAUACAGAAAAUGCCUUACUGGACAUUGUGAUUGUGUCGAUAGCACAAAUGUUGGUGUUUAAUCCAGACCUCUGGUGGAACAGGAGCCUCGAUACAGGAAUCAGACUCUUGCUGGUCGGUCUCCUCCGGGAUCGGCUGCUCCAGUUUGUGUCCAAGCUGCACUUUGCCUUGGCCAUCCUCCUGACAUCGUGGACAGAGAAGAAGCAGCGCCGCAAAUCCACCGCCACCUUGAUCACCCUCAACGUGGUUUUCUUCCCCAUCCUGCUGACCCUCAUCGCCAUCUCUGCCCUCCUUUCCUCCCCGUUGCUGCCGCUCUUCACGCUGCCCGUGUUCCUGGUCGGGUUUCCCAGGCCUGUCCGGAGCUGGCCGGGACCUGUGGGUGCCACGGCCUGUGUGUGCCCCGACACCGUGUACUACCAGCAGCUGGUGCCCAGCCUGGCUGUGGCCCUGCAGUCUGCACUGGCCACUGGGAGCCUGGGUCUCUCUCUACCUGGAUCUCAUUACUUGUGCCGCUUUCAGGACAGACUGAUGUGGAUAUUGGUGCUGGAGAAAGGCUUCACGUACUGUGGUGUUAACAUUAAGGGGCUAGAACUGCAGGAAACAUCCUGUCACGCUGCUGAAGCUCACAGAGUUGAUGAAAUUUUUGAAAUGGCCUUUGAACAUCAGGAGCGCACGAAGCUUCUCUCUCCCAAUCCCCACUUUGGACACAUCCUGACUCCUUGCACUGUGGUGCCUGUGCGGCUUUACUCCGAUGCCAGGAAUGUGUUAUCUGGGAUCAUUGACUCCCACGAGAAUUUAAAGCACCUGAAAGAUGAUUUCAUUAAAGUGCUUGUGUGGAUGCUUCUCCAGUAUUGUUAUAAAAAAUCGAAGAUGUGGGAAAGCCCAGGCAGUGCCAACAAGAACAAACAAGGGUCUUUCCCAGAAAAUCAGCACAGCGGUGCAGUAGGAAGAUCCAGGGCUCUGAGGGAAGAAGACAGCUUUAGUGUGGAUACAGUGGAGGACUGGACUGAUGAUAGUGACAUUUUUGACUUUGAGCCCAGUGGCAGAACAAAAGACAGGAAAGAGCCUGGGCAGUUGGGACCAACACCAAAAGUGCACCUGUCUAUUCCAGGGUCUGUGGAAACACAGAGCCAAGACCUGGCACAAGAAGUGUCACCAGAAGAUAAAUUGUACAGGGCUGUGGUGCUUGGGCUGCCUGCUGUAGACAAAGGGAAACAGCCAGAAGUUUUGCCUCGGGUUGAAUUUAGUUGCUCUUACUCGGAGCUGCUGAGCAUCCCUGAGGAAUGGAGAACAGCGCCGGUGCCGCCUUCCAAAGUCAGUGAGAUGAGGCAGAGGUUUCCAGAGGAAUGGUACCACUUCGUUCUGAGUCAGCUGGACUUCUUCCAUCUGAAAGAAAAGCCUUCCAGUUUACUUGCAGACCUCAUGGAAGAUAAAGCUUUGAAGGACUUGUACAUCCAGGGAGUGCUGUCAUGUUGCUUUGGUCUAUUUGGCCUGGAUAACGCUGUGCCUGCCCCGAGCCACGUGUUCAGGGCCUACACUGGGGGCAUUCCCUGGUCUGUGGGUUUGGACUGGCUAACAGGCAAACCAGAGCUAUUCCAGCUGGCAUUAAAAGCAUUCAGAUACACUUUCAAGCUUAUGGUGGACAAAGCCAGCCUGGGUCCGGUGGAGAACUUUGAAGAGCUGGUGAGUUACCUGGAGGAAUAUGACAGCGAUUGGUACAUCGGGCUGGUGUCAGACCUGGAGUGGCAGCAGGCAGUUCUGCAGGAAAAGCCAUACCUUUUCUCACUGGGGCACGACCCAAGCAUGGGAAUUUACACCGGGCGAGUCCUCACUCUUCAGGAAUUGCUGGUGCAGGUGGGAAAGCUGAAUGCUGAGGCUGUCCGGGGUCAGUGGGCCAACCUGUCCUGGGAGCUGCUCUACGCCACCAACGACGACGAGGAGCGGUACAGCAUCCAGGCACACCCGGUGCUGCUGCGCAACCUGACGGUGCAGGCUGCCGACCCGCCCCUGGGCUACCCCGUGUACUCCUCAGGGCUCCUGCAGCUCCCUCUGCUCUAGAAUGCCCUUUUCUUUUUUUAUUAUGACUGUCGUUAUUUUGUAUUUUUCACCUGCAUGUUGGGAAUCAAAUGCUCGUGCUCCAUUCGUGCACUGCAGAUCAGGUUUUACUCUCGGUGGCAGUGCCGGGCCGGCACACAGUCCUUGGCACAGAGAUGGUGCUGGCCAGGACCUUCAGCAGGCAGGAAGUUUGGAACUGUUUUCCUGCUGCUGGAACACGAGACACCAUUGCCUGUGUGGCUGACGAGCCAGAUGCUGAAAUUCUCUUCUCCAGUUUAGAGAGGAGCAGCACAAUUCUGAUCAUUAACUAUUUUUGGUGCAUUUUUACUUUUUUUUUUUUUCUUGGACAGGUGACUUGCACUGCCAGUCAGGUUACAGCUCUCUGUAGUACUGUCAACCCCAGAGUUGGCAACCAAAGUGUACAUAGGACUAUUUAUAUAAGGGUUUUUUUUAUUCUGGCCAUUUUUUAUUGGACUGAGUUCAGUUCUAGCGUUUGUUAUAUGACUUUCACUGCUCUUCCAUAGCUGUUGUAAGUUCUCAGCCAUGCUUUAACAAAAGUGAGUUCUAAGGGACAAUUUUUACCAAAGGAUUUGUUUUGGUAAAGAGAAUUUAUAUAAAACAGUGUGUGCUCUGACACACUGAUAAUCUAUGUGACCUACUGAUGAAAGAAGUAAAUAUGUAUAAUGAGGGGAGUACAAAUGGAAUAAUUUCAUCUCCUUCUUUCAGUAUCCAUAUAUAUGAUAUAUAUUAUAUAUAUGUUAUUUGCAGCCUAUAUCCACCUCUCUAACCAGUCUUCCACAAAUACAGUAAGAGCUUGAUGAUGAGGGGUGGGAGGUGGAAAUCAAACUAUCUGUGCCAGAAGUAAUUUUUUUUUUUUUUAACCUUACCACAGCCUGGAACAGACUUUGGCAGCUGGUUUGCAAUAUUAGUCUCCUUGAAAGCAGGUCUGGGUCCAGUCUCCAGUGGCUCUUGAUCCUCUUCACUACCACCACUUAGUACAUAAAUGUGCUUUCUCUGUAGGUCAGUGGUUACAGUGUAGGUACUGCUGGGAAAUGCUGAGCAGGGAGUAGGUAACUGUGUUUCCUUAACCUAUAGAAUGAAUUUAAGUCAGACCUGCUCCUUAACUGAAGUAGAACUGGUUUAGAACACCCAGCCUAGUCUGAUUUUGGAGCAUGCUUAUUACUUUUACUCCUCAUUGUCACAGAGCAGUGUACUUGGGUGCUGGCUGUUUCUUCUGAUCAGUGACUAGAAAUGACUUUUAAAAACUAUGCACGUGUAGUCAGGAGACACCUGUUUGGUGCCGUGCUCAGCCCUGAGCUGCAUCUGGAAAUUCAGGGUCAUGGAAGAGAUCUGGAAGGGGCUUGUGGAGAGAACCUAUUUCAGCUCCCUCAGAAGGAACUACCCUGGCAAAUAUUUACUCUGAUUUAAAACUUCCAAUACCAGGAGUGUCACAAACCCCUCAAGUAGUUCACUCCAGUUCUGUGCUGUUCCUGCAGCAAUUGCAAAGUUGGGAGUCAUUCCCUGAAUCCAGUUAACCCUCCCUGCCUCAUUGUAAACCUCUUACUAAUCGUCUUCCAUAUGGUCACAGAAAAGUUAAUUACCUUUUUUUUUUUGCAGCAGUCUUUUAUUCAGAGAUGGCUGUGAUUUCUGCCCUCAUUCUUUGUCUUUUCUAAACUGAAUAAAGUAGUUGAGAGAAAAACUGAAGAGAGCUGUGAUCCUUUUCCCUUCCUUUCCCCGGGUUCUCUCCAUCUGCUAGCCGGCCUUCUCGAGGAGUGUUGCUGGUAACCAGCCCCGGCGUUCCAGCAGAGAUCCUGAUUGGUACCAGAUGGAGGAGCACAAUUAGUGAUGGGCAGAAUUCCUGUUUGUGCACAGGAAUGUGGGGCUGGGCUGUGAUGCCCUGCAACAUCCCGUCCCCUGCUGUCACAGGCAGUGUGUCCCACACCCCUCACUCACUGCUGCACGGAGCCAUUGGUACAUCCCAGUAAUUCUUCCAGCAGUGUGACCCCGAUUCCCAAUGCCCUUUUUCCUGUAACACUUACAUUCUUUUUUGACAGAGACAAAGGUUACAGCCUCUUGUUGUGUGCAGCUGAGAGCCCCCACGUUCAGCCUGUUGGUUUGUUUGCGUGCUCUUGAACCGUGCCCUGUUUGGUUUGGAGCAUUUCUUUGGUUUACCAGGAAUUCAGGACUCAGGGCACCUUCCAGCCUGGCCUUGCCUGUGCACAGAGGCUGCUCUCGGGGUUAGCCCUGCACUGCACUCAGGAUGCAGGACUGGGCUUGGCACAGGCCACCCCCCCUAUUUUCCCCUGGGACCCCUGAGAGCUGCUCUGUUUUGUAACCACGUGUGUGCACCAGCUUUUAUUCCUUGCUCUGGUUGGAAAGUUUCCAUAACUUAGGAAUAGGUUUUUUAAGUAACUUCUAAAUGCUGUUUCAGAAGUUCAGGGAUUUAGCCCUCAAUGCACAUUUUGCUCAAGGAACACUUCACAAGCACAGAUCAGACAUCCCAACCUCCAGCAACCUUCUACUUGAGGGUUUGUUUUUCUCAAUAGGAAUUAGGAAUGAAAGUGAGGGAAACAGGGUCCUGGGGUAUAUAAUUUUUAGGCUGCUCGCCAGGUGUUUGCCAAUGUCAUAGCAGCA